GUAACCCGAACCCGCGCGUCUUCGCAAGCUCCACGCCCCUCGGGCUCGCGGAAAGCACCGCGCGAAGCUCUGCCGAGAACCUCGCGACCGAGCAGGUGUUCGGUCGCGCGCGUCCGGGAAGCCAGGGCACGUGCCUCGCGGCGUCGGGGAGAGCAGAACCGCGGCAGCCGAACGAGGGUGAUGGAGAGCCACAGCCCUAGGAUGGCAGAGCCCGGUGCCUGUCCUCUCCAGCCAGACCCCCACGUGCUUCACGAAAGCGUUGCACCUGUGGAGAACCCAGGUGAGGCCGGUGCAAAUGGCUUGGGUCCGAGUGACUGGGUCCGCAGGGGCGAGGAGCCGCAUCGUGCCAAACUGUGUGGCUACCUGGGCAAGCUGGGCGGACCCCUCAAGAGCUGGAAGUGCCGCUGGUUUGUGUACGAGGAGAAACAGUGCCAGCUGUUCUACUACCGAACUGCCCAGGACGUGAACCCUCUGGGUCGCAUUGAGCUCGCCAGUGCCACUUUUGGAUUCUCCCUCCAAGCAGAGGAGGCGGUGUUUCACAUCCAGACCCCAGAGCGGGUCUUUGUCCUCAAGGCUGUGAGUCGUGACGCCAUGAUGUACUGGUUACAGCAGCUACAGCUGAAGCGCUGGCAGCACAGGGACCCAGCAGAGGAGCCUGUGCAGGCAUGUGGGCUCACCGGCCUGGGAGGAGAGCAUGUGUCCAGCCAUGGCCAUGAUGUCUUCCUGCCCAUUGUGAAGACCCCGCCAGGGCUUGUGGGAGAAGAAGCGGCAAAUCUACCGGCACCAAAGUCACAGUCGACUUUAAGCAAUGUCUCCUUCAAGCACCCGCUUACAGAGAUCCAGAACUCUGUGCACAACUUGUGCAGACACCGCUCUCAGGAUCUGAGCCGCAGUGUCUUCUGCUCAGAACAGUCUACAGCUCUCUCCAGUUCAGGGUCUCCCGUGCUGAUGAGCGAGGAUGCAGUUGCACCAACAGCACCUGCCACCACCCCUGGGCCUUUGGCUGAUCCAGGCCGGGAGUCACCAUGGGAGGAGCCCUCGCUUACUGUGCAGAGGAGCGGUAGUCCUGUCCCCAUGACAGCAGAGGUGCAGCAGGUCUCCCUUGACAAAGAGCUCUCACUCCUCCAGCAGAAGGUGCUCAGUCCAGCUGAGGAGGCCAAGGCAGAAAAGCAGUGUCUGCCAGCAGCAGAGGAAUGGGACAAAUCACCUGGGGACCAGUCGGAUAGCAGUAUGCAAGAGCUGCAGGAACAGCUGGUUUUGCGGGAUGCACGCAUCGUUCAGCUGGAGGAGCAUGUACAGCUGAUGAUGGAGAAGAACCAAGCCAAGCAGGAAGUGAUUCUCAGGCUUUCUGAACAGGUGGCUGAGUGCUUGGCUGACCCCGGGCGCAAACUCACCAGCACUAUGGGUGCUCGGACCUUCCGACAGCUCCAGGAAGAAGUGGAGCAACUCAAGGAUGAUAUUGAGGCCUACAAAAUUCAGAACAAAUUCCUUAACUCGGAGAUCUACCAGCUGACCAAACUGUGGAGGAACAGCUCUGAGCAGGAGAAGAGCCUGAUGAAGAAGUGUGCACUCCUGGAGGCCAAGUGCUGUCAGAUGGAGGGCCGCUACCUGGGUGUCCUGAAGCAGCUACAGGAGAAUGGGAGCCUGGGUGUCCAGCAGAAAGAUCUGGUAAACAGACUGAUCCAGGAUGAGCUGCAGGAGGAUAUGGUGGACACCAUCAAGCUCCAUCCCAACAGUGAAUACGAUGAGUAUGGCUUCAAGCUCAUCCAGGACUAUGAUGUUGAGGACAUGAAGCUGUUAGCCAAGAUCCAUGCCCUGGAGAUCCGCUCCCAUAACCUGCUGGAGCAGGAGGCUGGGGACAAGCAACGACUAAGCCGCUGGGCUCAGUAUGUGGGCAAGAGGCCCUUGGGUGAGCUGGUGCCUUCACCGGAACUGAAGGCGCUGCUACGUGGUGGUGUGCCCCGGCAGUACCGGGCUAGUAUGUGGCGCUGUGUGGUGCGGGCCCGUACACAAUCCCUUCGCGAGCGCCACCCGGAGCGCUAUCGUGAGCUCUGUGGAAAAGGCCAGGCCUCGCAGCACCCAGCUGCUCGACAAAUUCUGCUGGACCUGCACCGAACACUCACCAGCAACCAGCACUUCUCCUCUCCCUCCAGCCCCACACUGGAGCAGCUCCACCGCAUUUUGUUAGCCUUCUCUUGGCAGAACCCUUCCAUUGGUUACUGUCAGGGUCUUAACAGACUGGCGGCCAUUGCCCUGUUGGUGCUUCAGAAUGAGGAAGAUGCCUUCUGGUGCCUCGUGGCUAUUGUGGAGACCAUCAUGCCCAAGGACUAUUACAGCAAAAGCCUCACAGCCUCCCAGGCUGAUCAGCGGGUGCUGAAGGAACUCGUAGCAGAGAAGUUGCCCCGACUGGCGGUCCACUUCGAGGAGUACGGUGUAGAUGUGUCCCUCAUCACCUUCAACUGGUUCCUGGUGGUCUUUGUGGAAGACCUGGCUAGCAAGAUUCUGCUGUGUGUCUGGGAUGCCUUCCUUUACGAGGGCACAAAGGUGCUGUUCCGGUACGCACUGGCCCUCUUCAAGUAUAAAGAGGAGGACAUUUUAAAGAUCCACGACAAAGUGGAAAUCUACCAGUACCUCCGCUUCUUCACUAGAACCAUCUCGGACUGCAGGAAGCUGACCAACAUCGCCUUCGUGCACAUGAACCCUUUUCCCAUGAAGCUUCUGCGGAAUCGUCGCGCCUACCACCUGGAGCGGCUGGAGGCUGAGCUGCAUGAGCUGGAACGCAUUCAGGAGGAGUUUGCCAGCGAGAGCGCGGAGAGCAAAGACAAGGACCUGAGUGCUAGCCUCAGUGACGAAGAAGAGGACCUGUAGUCAGUCUGGGAGCUCUGCCCUAAAAUGGUUUGGAUGUUGGAUGGGCACCGUCAGAUUGCUCAGUGCCAUCAUCGCCCUUGUGCUUUUUCACAGAACAAGGGAACAGGAUGGAAAAGAUUGAGUUUUCCGAAAAAAGACGAGAUGAAGUACGUACAGAAAGGCAUAACCUGAUUCCCAGUUGUACAAAUUCCUGACGUGAUCCCUAGGAAGGCUUCGCUGAGGCCAAGUAGGUAAAUCCAUGACAUUGAAUGUAGGCUGGUUGACCAGGUAGCACAGCGCUGGUGCCUCACAGUGCCUGAGCUGCAGGGUUAGGUGUGGGUUUCCUCCCACAGUCCAAAGAUGUAUUUCAGAUAGACUGGUGAUUUUAAACUGCCUGCAGUGUGUGAUUGCUCUGUGGUAGGCUUGUGCGGCAUUCACAGUGUACCUUACCCGAUAUACCGUGAUUCUAGGACAGUGACCCUGUACUGGAACAUCUUUAUCGAUAAUGAAUGAAUGUGGACUCUGCCACUAGAGGGCAGCAUGUUUGUGACCCUCAUCUCUGUCAGUCUGGGUAUGACAGAACUCUGACAAAUGUGUUGCUGGUUCCCUCACAGUGCCAUCCUCCGUACUUCUUGUAAGGCUACACAGCCUGGGGCUCUGAAACACUAUUGGGCUGCUAGUCUCAGCUGUCAUUGCCAGAUGUAACACCUGUAAAGCUGUACAGUCAGUUGUCUUUUAGCAGAACACUGCUUUGAUGCUCAUGGUAUUCUUCAGCUAGUCCUGUUAUCCUCCUAGUUAUCUUUAACUAGCACCUGAUGUAUUACAGUAGGUUACAAUAUACAUGUCUACAGGUGCUUAGUUCUAAUAAGAAUUGAAUAAAGUUGUAAAGUAAAAGUUGUCUGUCUUUUAUUUGAAAUAAUUCUGGAGUUUAGAUUUGAGCUGUCACAUUUAGCCUGCCAACU